AAUAAAUGAAAAAAAAAAAUCUUCUCCCUGAAAACCAUCAGAGAGUUUGGGUUUAAAAAAAAAAAUUGCACACUAAACACCUAUAUACCCACCACAGGCUUUACAAUUAGUAUUUUGUUAUAUUUAUCCUUCUCUCCAGGAUAUUCUAUCCUUCUCUCCAGUCAACAAUUAACUUAUCUGUUUUCUUCUUGUUGUUUUGACUGGUGUGUUCUUGAAUCAGCCACAGUGCUCACACUCCUAGGAAGAGGCAAACCAACAUACCCACUGCAACUCUGCGCACGGGUGUCUUCUCUCCCGCAGUUCAGGCUCGGCUUGGAGCUCUUCAGUGAAGGGGCUGUAGAUACCAGGGCUUGUCCAUGGGAGCCCCAAGGCCUGGACGCUGUCAGGCCUGAUGGCUGUCACCCUUCUACCCCUGGCCUCCAUCCAGGGUCGGUCAGUCACCAAGAGCUCAUACCUUGCCCUCCUGUGCACAAGACCCUUCCUAGAUAUCAUCACGAACAGUGUGGGCUCUGGAACCAGACAGAUGAAGCUUUGGGUCCAAACACACCAUGUGGCAGGAGAGUCACCACCUCCCUGAGCAAACCAUGACUUCUGUUCCAAGUUGAUAAGGAAUCACUGAGAUGAUGUGUUAGGAUUUGCCCUGUCCUGGCCACUGGCCCUGGCUCUCCACAGUAGAGCUGUACUGGUAGAUACCAGCCACCAGGUGGUCACCAUUAAGGCUAAGCACAAGCCCUUAGUACCUGGUGCUCAACACUUGGGAUGUGAGGUGGGGAGCCAAUCAGAGGCCAGGCUUUGGGGGAUGGAGGAGGUGAGAGCCUCACACCUGGGCUCUACCUGAUAAGGCCUGGGUGGAGGGCUCUGAACAGGAGAACCCUCCUGUUGACGCAGCAUGGAAAGGAGCUCCUUGGCUUCACUCCUGGGACUUUGGCCCAAGGACAAGGAGACCCAUGAAGCCAGGCCCAGUUCUCAGCCUCAAGUCUGCUGUAAUGUUGCUGCUCAGACUGACCCUUAGCCUGGUCCUCCUUGGCUCCUCCUGGGGCUGCGGCGUUCCUGCCAUUAAACCAGUGUUGCACUUCAGCCAGAGGAUUGUCAAUGGGAAGAACACAGUGCCGUGCUCCUGGCCCUGGGAGGUGUCCCUGCAGGACAGCAAAGGCUUCUGCUUCUGCAAUGGGUCCCUCAUUGGCCAGUCCUGGGUGGUCACGGCUGCCCACUGCAAUGCCAGCCCUGGCUGCCACUUUGUCAUCCUGGGUGAGUACGACUGAGUAUCUGGGGCUCAGCCUUUGCAGGUCUUGUAGGUGUGUAGGCUGUGGCGGCACCCUUCCUGGAAUCCCACCACCAUGAACAAUGAUCUCACAUUACUGACACUCGGCUCCCCAGCCCAGUACACAAUGUGCAUCUCACCAGUUUGCCUGGCUUCCUCAAAUGAGGCACUGCCUGAAGGCCUCACAUGGCCAGCUGGGUGCCUCAGUGGUGUGGGCAGUGUGACUCGGGCACACCUGCGGUGGCUAGUUCUGCCCCUGGUCACCGUGAGAUGGUGCCAGCAGUACUGGGUCUCAUGCAUCACCAGCUCCAUGAUCUGUGCAGGGGCCUCCUUGUGCCAGGGUGAUUCUGGGCCUCUUGUCUGCCAGAAGGGGAACACACGGGUGCUCACUGAUACUGUCUCCUGGAGCACCAGUGACUGCAGUGUGCCCAUGCCUGCCACGUACACUUAGGUCAGCAGGUUCAGUAACUGAGUCAAUCAGGUCAGAGCCUACAACUGA